AUGGCGUCGGCUGAAAAAGCGACUCGACCAUCAUCCGGCAAUGGCAUAGCCAAGAGACGACCAGGUGCUGCUUGCGUCCAUUGUCACCGCCGAAAAGUAAAAUGUGAUGCGCAAUCCGUCGGGUUCCCGUGCUCCAAUUGUCAAUCGUCGGGCAAGACUGAUUGCCGCAUACACGAAAAGAAGAAACGGCCCAUAACUCGCUCGACGUUGAACCCGGUUCCUAUUCUGAGUCGUCCGCCUCCGGCUCCUGAAGCUUCUGUUGCGCCUUCGCGUUCGCAGGGGACUGCCACCGAUUCUCUAUGGGCCAAAUCGCCUGACUUACAACGGAGUUCACGCCCUAAUAAUGUUAAUGGUGGUGGAGUUGAUCGCUCUGAAGGUGCGGGCGGUAUACAAGCCCAAGCAACUCGCCGACACAAUACUGCUCAUUCACCGCCAAACCCCAGCGAUGACAGGAGAGAGAUGGAAAAUCGCCUAGUGACGCUAAUAGAUCAACAAGAAAAUGAUUCUCGCGAAAUCCAGCACGGUGUUCGUGCGAUAUACGUAGGCCACGAUGUGUCCAAUAUGUCCUUUCUUCUCCGUCAACAGCGAGGCGAUGAAAUCUCAUAUCAUGUGGCUGGCAACGAAAUACCACGACGCCGUCUGGAAAUAGGACACGAUCAAUUCUUGCAGGAUGCUCUGACAUUACCGGAAAAGCCACUUGCGGAUGAACUAGUGGACGCGUACUUCAAACACAUCAACCCAGGCUAUCCUCUUGUCGAGGAAGAAUUAUUCAUGUCUCAAUACCGUAACCGAGACCCUUCUAAUCCUCCGCCGGUGUUGCUCCUUCAAGCCAUUCUAUUAUGUGGUGUUCAUGUCUCUCGCGAUAGUCCAGAGAGAGAAGAGCUGAAAAACGUGCUGUAUCGCCGGUGUAAAUGGCUCUUUGACAAUCGAAUAGAGCGGAACCGAGAUAUACUCGUUCAAACGGCGUUGCUGUUGACGUGGCAUUCGGACGUUCUUGAUGAUGAUGUUGCUGCCAAUGCACACUAUUGGGUGGGAGUAGCGGCGCGAAUUGCAACGGGAUUGGGAAUGCAUCGCGAUCCUAUAUCGAAUAAAUUUGUUGCAACUGAUCGUCGCACAUGGCGCCGUGUGUGGUGGAUUCUGGUUCAGUACGAUGUGUUGAUAUCGUUAUCAUACGGUCGACCCCAAGCAAUUAAUUUGGAGGACAGUGAUGUACGUCCGUUGACACCAGCAGACUUCGUCGGUUGUGGACCCCGUGUGCAGAUAGAUUUCGUUAUACAUUUUUCCGGGCUGUGCUCCAUGAUUUCUUACAUCAUUCGCGAACGAUUUGGCUUAACGGUCAGCAUGGAGCGCCGAAAGGCUAUACUUCCGGAGGCUGACGAAGCACUGGCGAAUUGGUCACUGAGUCUGCCAGACUCUCUCCGGCUUCGAGGCUCCAUGGACUCGUGGUCCGCCAUGCUUCAUCUUACAUACAAUAAUUUUCUAAUCUUGCUUCAUCGACCUCAUCCUAGAGCGUCGGCCUACUCAGAAGAUUACGGCCCACACGACGCCGAAAUCUGUAGCGCUGCAGCAGGCGUAAUUACUUCAAUUUUCGAAGAACUUCGACAGAAGGACUGCAUCAAAUAUCUAUGGUGUUCCGGGGUUCAUACACUUUUCACAGCCAUGAUUCAAGUGCGGGUCGAAUUACGAUUUUCCAAUCCCGUGCUAGCCAUCAACGCGCUCCGACGGUUUGAUUCUACGCUGUCGUCACUUCGCUGCUUGGCGGAUUACUGGUUCAGUGCUGAGACGAUUCUGCGUCUUUUUGAGAACUCAAAGAAGCUUCAGCAGGAUCUUCGUCUUGUUCAUGACGAGGCGCCAGGGCAAGUUAGAGAAGCCAAUGAUAAUCACGAAUCUGUGGAGAUGAUACCUAACUCUACUACAGCGGCGUCUAUGACGGCGCCGGGAGUUUCUCAGCCACAUACGCAGGAUGAUGCAGGCGGUAAUGUCAUCCAUCAAGGCCAUGCAAAUGAAUCAACUACUCCAAGAGAUUUAGAUCUCCAAAGUCACAACGAAACCGGGCCAAGCGGGCAAUAUCAAUACAGCGGGACCGUACCUGACGAAUCGAAUGACAUGUCGACUGCUCACGGCGACGGCUCGGAACACUCUGGAAAUUUCCUUGAUUGGAAACAACUCUUCCCAUUUGCCGAUUUAGAAGAACCAGGACCAAUGAAUCUAGAAGGAUUGAUGGACAUAGAAGAGGAAUGGCGACAGUUGUAUAUGGAGCCGCAAAUGUCGGAUUUGCUUCAGGAGAGCAUUUGGCCACCGUGA